AUGUGGGGACCACAUUCGCCAGCCCUUGGACUCGAUAACCUUUGGCAUCCGUACAUCAAGCUAUCGACUCAGGCAGAAGAAAUGAUAUCCACAGUGGCGGUGGCAGGCGCGACAGGCAACAUCGGCAUUCCGAUCGUCGAACAACUGCUCGCUGCCAACUUCAGCGUCGUCGUUCUCUCGCGAUCCGAUAACCCUUCCAAUCUCCCCGCAGGCGUCACCGUCCGCAAAGUCGACUACGACUCCGUGCCGUCACUGACCGCCGCGCUCCGCGGGGUCGACGCGGUCGUCUCGGCCGUGAGCGACGCCGCGCUGGCGGGCCAGACGAAGCUCAUCGACGCCGCCGUCGCGGCCGGCGUCCGCCGCUUCCUCCCGUCCGAAUUCGGAAACGACGUGCAGCACCCGGCCGUGCGCGCGCUGCCGCUCUACGCGCCCAAAAUCGCGGUGGAGGCGCACCUGAAGAAGGCCAGCGCCGAGUCGGGGCUGACGUACACCCUCGUCAGCACGGGUCCGUUCUUGGACUGGGGUCUGCAAUCUGGUUUCUUGCUAGGCCCGCUGAAGGAGCGCCAGGCCGAGAUCUUUGACGGCGGGAAGAAGCUGUUCAGUGCGACGAACGUCGCGACGAUCGGAAGGGGCGUCGUCGCCGUGCUUCGUCACCUGGAGCAGACGAAGAAUCGGACGGUAUAUUUCCACGAGGCAGCCGUCAGCCAGGCGAAGCUUCUCCGAAUUGCGAAAGAGCUGACACCGGGGGAGGAGUGGACGGUGACGGAGAGGAAGGUGUCUGAUCUGAAAGCCGAGGCGGACGCGAAGAUGGCGAAGGGGAUAUUCGACGCGGGAUUGGCGGUAGCGCUCAUCAGGUACUCGCUAUAUGGCGAAGGUUUCGACCCGGUGCUGAAGAAUCUAGAUAACGAGCUGCUCGGUGUUGAUUUGUUGUCCGACGAGGAGCUGAGGGCUGUCGUGAAGUCAGCGCUAUAG